AUGGACUAUUACCCAAAGGGGGAGUGCAAAAGGACACCUGAGGGUAUGCUCAGGAACGGUCAUGGAGUCCACACCGGUGCCAACAGAACUACGUAUGUCGGCAGCUGGAAAAAUGACAAACUGAAUGGUACUGGAAGGCUAGAACAUCCUUCUGGGCCAGUUUAUGAAGGCAAGUUCAAAGACAGCAUGUUUCAUGGGGCUGGAACCUACACAUUUCCAAAUGGAGCAAAGUACAUUGGACCAUUCAAUGAAAACAAGUAUAUGGAAGGUGAAGGCGACUUUAUAGAUGAAAAUGGGUGGAGUGGCACAUUUCAUGGCUCGGCAGCAGUGGGACUAAAGCAGAAGUUGAAAAUGUAG